CAGUCCAGAGUUAUUUUCCCCCUUUUCUCUCCAUCUGAUCCUGAACACAAUGGAGCAGCAGCAGACACAGAUCUAACAAAAACACUUCACUGAGUCUAUGAUGAAGACCUGCGUUAUUCUGUGUGUUAUUCUGGUUUUGGUGGAGCUCCAAACUGGACUUUGCCAACAGCAGCCCAGACGUAAGAAAGAUCCAGGGGACAGCCGUGUUCGACCUGGAAAAAAAGUCAAACCCCGUCCUCCCAAAACCAAAGAGCCAGGAGGCAGAGGCCAGUCCCUCCUCACGCAAGUCCUGGAGAAGGGACGCUUUCUCCGGCUUGGGAAUGUCACUGUCCUCCCCCCGGGAAGGUCUGUGGAGCUGAGGUGCAAAGGAAGCAACAUGGGGUGGGGCUAUCCAUCAUAUCUGGACAAAUACAAUGACUCAAGGCUAAGCAUUAAUCAGAUAGACAAAUAUGGCCAGAUGAUCCUCACAGCACCCUCAGCUGCUGACACUGGGCUCUACAGCUGCUGGGUCAUUCUCUGUGAUGGAAAAGAGUGCUCCAAAGACACUGACCGGAGCUACUCUACAUAUAUCUACUUCAAUGACAAAGACAACCUGUUCGUGCCGUCUCCCAUUCACAUAGAGCUGGUAUACCUGCGCCUGGACCGCCCUGCUGUGGUGCCCUGUAGAGUCACAGACCCCCAAACCAGAGUGUCUCUCCACAGAGAGGUCCCCCCACAGGAGAUAUCCACCAACGGGACAGGAGUGACCUUUGACCCCACCCAAGGAUUUGUUCUGGAGGGUCCUGGGCCGGAGCUACAGGGAGUGUUCUACUGCAAAGCCCAGAGCAGAGGGGCACCACAAAUAUCAACCAAAUACCAACUGCUCUAUGUUGAGGUCCCUAGUGGCGCUCCGUUUGUCAGCGUUGAAAAGUCUCCAGAUUUUGUGAUGGAGGGCGACUCUGUGAAUGUGACCUGUACUGUCCUAGGAGAGCCUGAGGUCCCCAUACACUUCAACUGGAUCUAUCCCAACCAGCCGUCCCGUCCUGUUCAGGUGCAUUCGUCCUGGCGACUGGUGAAGAGGGGGCUGGGACACACCACUCGAGUCUCUCAAAGUGUCCUUGUCAUUAAAGAGAUGAACCGCAGGUCCUUUGGGAGUUACAUCUGCAAAGCGAAGAACAAAUAUGGAGAAACUAUAGUGGCCACCAAUGUACAGUCUGGAUAAACUGUCAAAAUAUCUAAGAACACAAUCACUUAAAGGAGCACUAAAACACUAUAGCUUUUCUGGUGUAGGAUCCAUCACCCUGUCUUCUCCAUGGAGAUAUUUUGACACGUUAGAAAUGUUACAUAGAAUGGCAUUAAACUUAUUAAUCUUCAUGAGAACAAGUUGGUGACACUCUCAGGCCAAGUUAUAGGUCAGAUCAGAGGUGGGGCAAGCCUUACCUGGCUCAUGGCAGAUUGAUAUGUGUCACUCUGAACUUAGUUCUACACAUAAUAAAUCUGGGAUGGCUCUCGCUGAAAGCGAUCAGAAAACGUGAAACAUCAUGGCGAUAAUUUGAGUCUGAUUGGUUGAAGAACAAGACAAAACUUUUGUUACAUCCAGUUGAGAGAAUGGCACAGACAUCUUCCCUGUCCACAGAUGCAUAAAGCGCUUACCUUCUGCAUGCUUUUCACAAACAAAAUGGUCAGUAUUGACACUAAAAUAGGUGGUGUUUAUUUUGGUUCACUUGAGCGACUCACCCUCUGGCUUUUGCACAAACGUCAGUGUGUGCAAAAGCCAGAGGU